AUGUCGCUGGAAACCCUUUCGACUAUUUCCCCCGCCACCAAUGAGCCUGUUGUCACCCGCACCGGUGUCUCAUCGGAGGAGUUGAAACAGAUCCCUGUGGCUGCCCAAGCAGCUUUCCGGUCAUUCUCACAGUCCACAACUUUGGAACAAAGGCAGAAAAUCGUGGAACGUGCUCUUGACAUCCUGGAGAAAAAGCAGGAUGAAUUGGCUCGUGAAAUUACCGAUCAGAUGGGACGGCCCAUCGCCUAUACCGGUGUUGAAGUCGCGACCGCCAUCAAGCGUAGUCGUUACUUGGUCCGUAUUAGCGCCUCCGUGCUAGGCGAGCAAGGAAUUGUGCCUGGAGAGGAAGAGAAGGGAUUCAGACGGUAUAUCAAGCGUUCCCCUGUCGGUGUAGCGCUGAUUAUCUUCCCAUGGAACUAUCCCUACCUCACCCUUACUCCAACAAUCGUUGAACAAUUUGCCUCUGCUUUUGCCGCGGCUGGUCUUCCCGGAAAUGUGCUUCAAUUCUUCCACUCCGGAUCUUUCACAUCUAUCGAGGCCUUGGUGCGGUCCCCACUGGUGAACCAUAUCUGUUUCACUGGUUCCGAAGCUGGUGGACUGGCAGUGCAAAAGGCAGCCUCCGAUCGGAUUGUGAAUGUUGGUCUAGAACUUGGUGGCAAGGACCCAGCCUACGUAAGAGAUGAUGUAGAUCUCACCUGGGCCGCCGAGGAAGUUGUGGAUGGCGCUAUCUUCAAUAGCGGACAGAGCUGCUGCGCAAUCGAGCGUGUCUAUGUCCACGAGAAGGUCUACGAUGGUUUCAUUGCUGAGGUGAAGAAGGUCCUGAGCGACUACCGUGUUGGCGAGCCUUCCGAUCCCAAGACCCAAAUUGGACCUGUCGUCUCUACUCGUGCGAAGGAGGCCAUUCUCGCACACAUCGAGGACGCCGUGCAGAAGGGCGCGAAGAACGAGACUCCUGCCAAUGAGACCUUUGAGAACUUCCCUCCGAAUGGAAAUUAUGUCAAGCCUACACUGCUGACUGGCGCUAAUCACGAUAUGGCCGUGAUGAAGGAUGAGACAUUUGGGCCUAUUAUUCCUGUAAUGAAAGUCUCUGGUGACGACGAGGCUGUUCGUUUGAUGAACGAUAGCGACUUCGGUCUUACCGCCAGUGUUUGGAGCAAGGACAUUGCAGCGGCCGAGAAGCUGGUUGGACGUGUUGAGGCUGGCACUGUCUUCGUCAACCGAUCUGACUACCCUAGCGCCGAUCUCGCCUGGACAGGCUGGAAGAACUCUGGACGCGGUGUUACCCUAAGUAGAUUUGGUUUUGAGCAGUUUGUCAAACUGAAAAGCCACCACAUCAAGGAUUACCCCAAAUGA